CGGGUUGCACGCCUUUCUCUUUGAGGAAGACGUGGUUGCCGUAGUGCAUCUCCGUCCCGCCCGCUCCUGACUCACCGCUGUUCGCUCUCGCCGAGGAACAAGUCGGUCAGGAAGCCGCGCCGCAGCCAUGGCUUUUAAAGAUACCGGGAAGACACCCGUGGAACCAGAGGUGGCGAUUCACCGAAUUAGAAUCACGCUCACCAGCCGCAAUGUCAAGUCCCUGGAGAAGGUGUGUGCUGACUUGAUCAGAGGCGCAAAGGAAAAGAAUCUCAAAGUGAAAGGGCCAGUCCGGAUGCCGACCAAGACUCUGAGAAUCACUACAAGGAAGACUCCCUGUGGGGAGGGCUCUAAGACCUGGGAUCGGUUUCAGAUGAGGAUCCACAAGCGGCUCAUCGACUUGCACAGCCCUUCCGAGAUUGUCAAGCAGAUUACUUCCAUCAGCAUUGAGCCGGGAGUGGAGGUUGAAGUCACCAUUGCAGAUGCUUAAAUCAGGCUUUUUAAUAAAUUGGCUUAUCAGUU